AUGCUUAAUGAACAAGGAAUUUGCAGGCCAUACGGUCGAAUAUUCCAAACCGGUGGUUACUGCAAAUCUGUCCUAAACAAUUUGCCGGUCUACGGAAAAGAUCUAAACGAGCUUUACGUCAAUGAAAGAAAGUUGCAGCUUUAUCAAGUGGCAAAGGAUUUCCUUUUGAAAACUCGAAAAAAUUCAACGGACAAGCCUUCAGUGAUGUUAGACUCUUCUUUCGAGGUGCGCCAAAGCUGUCUGAAAGCGGUCGACGAUAUAUAUUGCCACCAUUACUUUAAACGCUGUUACCUUUCCAGUAGUCCUCAGAUUCUUUGCAGAGAAGCGUGCCAGGAUCUAUUCUUCAGACUAUGUAAUCGGGAAUUCAAACUAGUCUCAGACUUUAACAAGGACAGGCUGUACCAGACACCAGAAUAUCCCUAUUUUUGGGACAUCAUUAACUGUACAAUCCUGCCGUUUCAGAAUGAGUCGAGUAAUUGCUACUACCCUGACAAAAUCCGAGGUUAGUACAGUUUAAAAAAACAGGAGCCUAGUGUGACAGAGUUUGUAGUUUGCCUUUCUACGCCUAUUAUAUUCGUAGCACAUAUGCUUGAAUGUACGUUAAUCAGACUUCAAAUGGACGAACAAUGAAAGCCAGACGGCUAUGCACAAGCAAAAGGAUCGCACAAAGGAGAAUGGGCCGUUUAAUAAAUUGGAAUCAAGAAGUUUGAGCACUCAGGGAAAAAUUAAUUAUCAGUCUACGCUAGCGACAGGCGCUGCCGUAAGCUUAAUCUAAUAUAAGGGCUCAGGGGAUACUAACUUCUUCUUUUUCUUCUUUUAACUUUUGACCAGAAAAGCUUAACGUGCUGGAAAGUGAAGGUAAGUUAGAUAAUCGUAGGUAAAAAAAAUCAAAUUAGACUAUAGCUACUGAAUUUACGUUGCAACAGAGAACGUUAAACUCGAAAGAACACACAACAAAAAAUCCCUUGUCCUUUUUCAUGCGUUUUUCCUGUAACUAUAUUGCCAAAACACGGAAACUAGCUGUUAUUUUUCUCAUUUCUCGCACUUUGGUGUUUUCGUCUAAAUUAGGUUGACUGGUAUUUAAGUGCAUUACUAUUGUACAGUUUAAUACAAUGAAGUUAUGGUGAAAACUCAUCCGUAUCAACUCUUACCACAGGUUGUUUCUAUGGCGACGGACGUGGAUACCGUGGCAACAUAAGUACUACCAUUUCAGGUUACACGUGCCAGUCGUGGGACUCACAGUACCCUCAUGUACACAAGAUGUUCAGUGGACAAAUUUAUAACGAGAUCCGAAAUAGUAGCAAUUACUGCCGCAAUCCAGGAGGAAUAAGUUUGAAUGGACCAUGGUGUUACACUACUAAUAAGACCGUAGAAUGGGAACUCUGUGAUGUGCCUAAAUGUGCCAAACAACGUAAGUACAGUAUAGUCCUGGCGAAAACCGGACUCCAGUCAAACAUCUCAUUACGGACCUCUCUCUAACAAAGAACUUUAAGUUCUAAGACAAGAGGGACUAAGGAGGACGAGAUUUUCUAAUUGCUAGGUAGAGCGCGAGCGUUAACCAGAGUUAUUAUAUUUUGGCCGGAAAACGUGGUAGCCGUCGUCAGUCUACCACGCCCGGUUUAAGGGAACAUAGGGAGGUUUAGCAUCGACGACGGCAACAGCAGCGAAAACGUCAGUUUUAAAAUGAAUUCCCGUUUUUUCAAUCUUUGUCGCGUUUAUUCCAAUUUGCUGAAAAUGGCAAGUGUAGGCGAAUUUCCCUGGAGUUGAUUUCUUGAGGACCGCACUCAAGUUUAGAGAGAGAAAAAGAGAUUCGUCGUCGCUUGUUUACGUCCUCCAUAAAACUUGCAAUUAGGCAUUUUCACGUCGUAGCCGUGCAAGGACGGUAAAGAAAUGUACAAAAAAGCAUGAUGCACGUGCAGAGUUGUUGUUUUGUCAAUCUAAACCUAUUGAUUUUUUGACGUCCUCGUUGCCGUCGCCGUCGUCGUUCCUAAAGCUUCCUAAUAUCGUAGAGGCGGGAACAAGCCAUCCACUGUUAGAAGUUUUAUCAUUUUGAGAUCGGGAGAGGUCUUAACCUCCUUAAAUAAAAAUUUCCGUGCUGAGUUUCUGAUGGAAAAAGUACAAUGAAGCUAUCCGAGAUGUUUUCAUUUUAUUUAUAAAUUAUGUUAAUUUCGAUCUGUUACCGUUCCAUAAACACACCUACAUCUUACAGAUUUUAAACUUUACUUCUCUUCUUCAGCUCCUUCCAGUCCACCCAGUGAUUUUCGAGGUCACAACGUGAGUUCAACUAGUGUUAAAACCUUUUGGGGAGAAGUUCCAAAGCCCUCCAUACAUGGAAUACUUCUUGGGUUUUACUUGCUUUGUGAGAAACUAAACUCGUCAAGCAGACAUUUUGCUAAAUUGGCGCCCGAAAUUCGUAAGUGGGAGUUCAAAGGCCUGGGAAAAUUCACAAAUUAUAGCUGUUGGUUGAGGGCUUUCAACAACUUUGGAAACGGAACGUGGAGUAAAGUUCUGACAGUCUCAACAGAUGAGGAUGGUGAGUAGUAUAAUAAUCAGACAGGCCGGGCUCGUGAAAAUAGAAAAAAAUCUGCUUCUGUUAAAAGGACUGUGAGAUAUAAUAUUCAGUUCUUUAUUCAGGAACACUGAAAGAGCAUAGAGAAAGAGGAAUUAGAGAUAAAUGACUUGUCAGCUACCAAAUUUGUAUGCUGUUUAUUGCAUUCUUAGUCCUCCUGCGGGAGGGUACCCUUUGUGUUAGCCUGCUCUCAUACUUUCUUUAGAUCCAUAUAAUAAUCUGCGUUUGAUUCGCUAAAAGAGUCCUGGAGAUAUGUAAGUGCGCCAUUUUCUGUAAAGUAUAGUCGAAAUAACAAACAGUCGAAGGUAAGUAAGUUUACCUUGUAGUCCAGAGGAGCCAGUUUCACCUUAAAAUACAAUGGAAGUAUCUGGUUGUCUUUUUCAGCUCCAAGCGCUCCGCCUGAAAAGUUAGAAGCCUGGAAUAUAAGCUCUACAAGCUUGUACGUGCAGUGGGACCCAAUACCCACCAACCAACGCAACGGUGAAGUUCUGGGAUAUAACGUAGAGAUAAGGCCAGAUGAUCAAAUGCAAGGGGGGGGAACAAUAGAAGCAAUAAACUUCACAACAUCUCUGUCACUCACAUUCAACACGCUUAAAAAAUAUUGCAAGUAUGAGGUCAGUGUGUAUGGGUUGACUCGACGUGGAAAAGGACCAGCUCAGGUUUUAACGGUGCAGACAGCCGAAGAUGGUAAGCCUUCCUGGAAAAACCUCCUGUACCUAAGAAAGUGCAUAUGGCGUUUUCAUUAUCCAGUUGAAAUAUAUAUAACUUGCCAUGCGCUGUCGACGACAACAUAUGGUUUAGAAAUUAUAACAAAUAAACUGAAACAUUUAGAUAGUUAGCCAUCUCCAAUCCCGAACUUCCUGUUCCGUGAUGGUGAAGGAUAUACCAUCUAAAGUAGUGACGUGUCUUAAAUAGCGAUUAUUCUUAUAGACUAAUAGAUACCCAAAUCUUAGGUGUCCCAACGCUACUGUAUCAAAUUUUUUUGAGGAAAAGUGUAUGAUGUUAAGAAUUAUAAAAGAGGGGCUUUCAAAAGAAAGGGAAUCAAGCAUUGUAUAUCAUAUCAAGGGCAAUGAACAUUUUACAUGAGUUGAUCUAUUGUCUGGUUACUGGCAUUGUGACAAAAGCAGCAUUUACGCAGUUAAGAAAAGUUUUCGAAAAGUAAUUCUCAACCAGUUUAGGGAUACAUACAUAAAAAACUUCAUUUUUACGUUCAGUUCCAGACCAGCCUCCAACCGAUGUAACGGCGUUUAGCCUGGGAAAAUAUACGGUUCAAGUUGCAUGGAACCCAGUACCCUUGGAAUACGCCAAUGGAGAGGUGCUUGGAUACAAAGUGUUUUACAAUGAUGUGAACGACACCGCUCGAGUUAAUAGCACUGUAGUCUUGCCAAAGAAAAAUCGUUUAAAGAUCCAGAAAUUGCGACCUGGCACAAACUAUAGUGUCCGAGUUCUUGCAUUUACGAGGAAAGGGGAUGGUGUUAGCAGUGCAAAGUACUACGUUAGAACCCUCCCAGGUAAAUAAAGUCGAGGCCAUCUUAAAAAGUAAUGACCGCCUGCGCAGCGCGAGGUUAUUACUUUUUAGAAGGCUGAAGAGCGAGGCCGAUUUAUAUGCACUUUUCCAGUGUUUAGAACCAGCAGAUCAUGAUUGGGAUCAUGCACUGAAAUGGAACAGCAGCUUAUUACUCGUAGUAAUGACCGCAUGUUCCACCUCACUGAGCUGAUUUUUUCAUUUAUGAAAAAUAAUAAACAGCUCUUUAAAACAAUGGAAAGACGAGUUAACUUCAGCUAAAUUUAGUGUAAUUUAUGUCAUUCUCAGCCUGAAAUUGUCAGCUCAAAUAAUACAUAAAAAGUAGAGAGCGCUGGAAUGGUAAAAAUUAAAGACGUUUUAUUUAAGAUUAACGACAUUUUUAUUAUUUUCAGACGAAACUCCAAAGCGAAUCACGGAUAAGGUGCCCGGUUCAGCAACAAGUAUAACAGGUAAUCACAAGAGAUUUUAAUGAAUUUUACAACAAAGGGUCACCAGAAGUAGAAAAUAAACGUUUUUAAAAGUAAGGUCUGUUCAACGUGACAGAAGAUUAAAAUCAUAUGAUAUUACAACCACUAUCUUAAUCUUGUCUAUGAUUACGUUGCAGGAACUGUUACUGCUGCUGUCUUCUCCGGUAUAGUUGCGGUCGUUGCAGUUUUCUUUGCAGUUUACUUUGUCAGAAAGCGAAGAAGGUCAGCAAACGCUCCCGAUGGAAAUAACGGUGAGUAAAAAAGCGAUAGCCUAUUAGUAAAAACCUAUUAGUAAAAAAAUAAUUCGCAAAUUGUUUUUUCUUUAUUCAUUAUUACUUUAAAUAAAGCCUUUCGCAGACAUUAGAGAUGGUCAAGGGCGCAUAUCAAAAUUAAAACAGCGCGCCCGGUUUCUCACGCUAGCGUCUCUCGCGCGCUGUCGAAUUGUCAAAAAAAACAUCUGUGGACAGACUAUAGAGACAGACAGGUGAUGGCUUCAGUUUAUCAAACUACUCUUAAACGUUCUCAUCCGUAGAGAAUGAGUGAGUUUUAUUCGCAGGUGGCAGUUUAACCACAUUGAUUUUUUAAUAUAAGAAAAUAUACGUUAAUUAAGUUUAAACUGUUUUUAUUCAUUUACAGGUUUAAUUUGUCCUUAUGCUAUUUCACCAUCGGGCUGGAUUGAAAAUAUCAUUGCUAAUCGUGACAGAUACGAGACACUGGAUAAUGAAAUUGUUCCCUCGAGAUCUCGCGGUAAGCCUCAGUAUGUAAACAUUUCUCCUGAUGGCUCCCUGAAUCUUCCACCGUACUUGAGGGAUAUCUUUUUUGAGUUUGAACGGUGCUAUGAAAACACACACUACAAAAGAUUACACAGGUAAGGACAAAAUUCUUAAGUAAGGCCCCAAUAUAUGGAGAAAAGUUAUCCUGGGAAAGAGGGUGAACAUUAGUGUGCGUCUGUAUAAGGAAAACGUUGACCCGCCCCUCGUGGCCUUCAAUUUGCCCUGCCUGAGUAAACCACGUUGUGCCGGCUAGGUGAACCAAAGCUUUUAUAUUGAAAAAAAAAAAGGGUGGCCCACCUUAUAGCUGAGCUAUAUCUUUUUGUUUCCCAUGUAAACGGUUUACCACUCUUUGUAAGGAGAUGUAGGAAAAGCUUGCUCUCCCAGAGCUCAGGUAGGUGAAUAACGAACCUUGAACUUUCCGGGAAACGUUUUCUCCAUAUGAACUGGGCCUUUAUAUCUGAGCUGGUUCUCGCUCUCUGUUACAUUGUAACUGAUUCAGUUUUUAGCAGCAGGCAAUUUCGGAAGCAUGGACGAUAAAUACUCUUUGAUGAAGGAUGGAUUUUCAUCCUAAUCAGGACCAGUCUAUUCGGCAUUAAUUUAAAUUUGACAGACCUAUUUGCAUACGCGUUAUGCAAACUUAGUACGUAAAUAUUCUAUGCAAAGUAAAUCAGUGCAGAAAAGGUUUUUCCUGAAUGAUGGAAUUAAAAGAAAUAAUUUCUUGGCUUUGAUGAGGAAAAUCUCGCAGGAAUGGAUUUUCUUAUAAUUAUGCAACGUCUCAAAAUUUACAUGUUGUUGGUCUUAGCUUCAUUCAAGAAAGAUAACUUUAUAUAAAUAGACCUCGUUUUCUUUAGUGUCAGCUAUCAGUGGCUGGAUAUCCUUAGCCUAUUUCAGGCUCAAAACUAAAGUAGAUGGGGAAGUAGCGGAUCGAGUAAAGUAGUGUUAAAAACGCUUUGGGGGCUAGUACGCGCUCGUUAUUUUCGCGUGUCUCUAUAUAUUUUCAUGACGUCUACAAUAUCUGAGGAAAGCUUGGGACUAAAGCCAGAUGCAAACGUAUUCAACAAUUCCCAACAUUGUUGGCCCAACAAUGGUGGGAGUUGUUGUGUCUCUUUAACUUUCCCAUAGCUAAAACUUUGACCAGUUUCAAACUUUACGCAACACCUCCAACAACACGCAAUCAACAUGCAACAGGGUGUACAAACGGACGCAACAUGUUUUUGGGCAACAAUGAUGCGUCCGUUUGCACGGGGCUUUAGGCUGAGGUAUCAUGUCAUACGCAAUUUUCCACUGGGUCUCGUGGUACAUAUUAUCCGAUUGGUAAUUUGUACAUCUCCCAUAAUACGCCUUGUUUGUUUCCCCAACAGCUUGCAUAGCAAGUCGCUUAAGAGAAACUGAAGACAAAAGAUUAUAGAAAUUCUUUCCGGGGAGAAAACAAGGUGUAUUAUCGUAGAUAUGCAUGCACAAAAAGCGAAUAUGUUCUAGCGAAAAAUAACACGUUAAAUAUGAAUGCUGAUAUAGAUGAAACUGAACCUUUUUUGCCCUCCAUUCAGGAGACGAAGGUCCAUUGGAGGAGCAGUAAGUAUAGAUGGGUACCCCGUAUACGAUCAGGUGGUAAGAGUACUUUCUCCCGGCAAAGCUUCUUACAACAGCAAUUUUACCAACAAAGAUAAGAAAAUGACUACGAUAGAGAGUUCUAAAGAACAUAAGCGCAAUUCCAUCGAUCUGGGUGAGCUACGAACGUUUAUGAUGACUUCUCAGGGCGCCGUUGACUGUGAUGAAAUGAAAGAAGUGGGUGCUGUCGAGCAGGAGACACAGCGCCAUAGGCGUCGAUUCUCUGUUGAUCUGGGCGAAGUAAGAGAGUUUAUUGCCCUCAGAGAUAUGAAGGUGUAUCUUGAAGAC